AUGAACGGCAAAGCCUGCAACCUUAUGGUGUCCCCUUCUAAUGUCCACCACCACCACCACCACCACCACCACGCCACCGCCUUGCCCUUGGGUGCUCUCACAGGGCAGCAUGUUCCCCCCAGCCGGGUGCAGAGUCGUCCCUCCUGCUCCAGCGCCCUCCGUCUCCCCGCUGCUGCUGGUCCAGUCGGGAGGGUUCAGCCCCAGCCCCAGCCCCAGCCCCAGACGCAGUCACCGACGGGGGGUCCGCCACCACAGCAGCAGUCGCACGGGGUCGGGGGUCCACUGCUGUUCCCCAGCCUGAGUCUCCGCAGGCAGGUGCUCACCCACGGUAAAGGGCAGGACGUGCUGGGUCUUCCUCCGCAUUCCACCUGGAAACAGGCUUCAUCCUUCUACCUUCCACCUGCCACCUCUAACUUCCAAACCUCCAAACAGGGGAGCAGAGCGAAUGCUUUGGAAAACGGAGGUAAAGGCUAUGUACCUCACGGGAGCCGCCACAGACAGUCCACCAAUAUAAACCUGCAGGUGACCAAUAACAGCAUGGUCGUUCAGAGCCUGGGCCUCCCCACAUAUCAGCAUGACAGCUGUCCGGGGUCUUCAGCCCUCUCUCAUUCGCUCGGCCUGGUGGUACCCUACACAGACACAAGUGAGUGUUUAUAG